AUGAGUUCCGGUCCUAGACUAAUCAGCAGCAAUGCCGCAGCCAGGAGACUCCUGUUACAAUCAUACCCUCGUGCCUCCCACUCCACGCUCUUGAGCGUCUACUCCUCUCGAUCCAGGUUCGCCAGGGACCUCCCCCCUAAGCUCUCGGCAUUGGCUAUUGCUUUGCCGCAAAGGAAUUAUGCUACAGAGACAACUCCGCAUGGUCCUGACGGUGGCCCUCCUCCGGGCUUCAACAUUGAUGAGGCUAAGAAACCAUUGUCAAAGGAUGAGGCCAAGAAGUCAUCAGAAGCAUCGCCAACCCCUACGAUUGCAGAGCUGAAGAAGUCCGAUGAACAACUCCAUGUCCCCAAAACAAAGGCUACUGCGACUGCCAAGACUCAGGCUCUGGAAAAUGCCAGUCUCAGCGAGCUGGCUACCGAAAAGGCCGCCUCUGCUCAGGCCGAGAAAGAGCACGCAACGGAACUGGCGGCCAAGAAGGAGGAAUCCAAGAAACUCACCAUUGGCCAAAAGAUCAAGAAGGAACUCCAGCAUUAUUGGGACGGAACGAAAUUGCUCGCCGCGGAGGUCAAAAUCUCCUCAAAGCUUGCAUUAAAAAUGGCCGCUGGCUACGAACUCAGCCGUCGAGAGAAUAGACAGUUGCAACGGACAGUCCAGGAUCUCGGCCGGCUAGUACCCUUCUCCGUUUUCGUCAUCGUCCCCUUCGCAGAAUUGCUGCUCCCGGUUGCGCUGAAAUUGUUCCCGAAUCUGCUUCCCUCGACAUACGAAGGUCAAAAGAGCCGAGAAGCCAAAGCUGCCCAUCUCAGGGAAACGCGCAAACAAGUCUCUGCUUUCCUACGCAACACGCUGCGGGAAACUGGCCUCCCCGUUUCCGCUGUCAAUGCAAAGAAAGAAGAGUUUACCGAGUUCUUCCGCAAAGUCCGCGCCACGGGUGAAUCUCCUUCUAGGGAGGAUGUGAUCAAAGUUUGCAAGAUUUUCAAGGACGAUUUGACAUUGGACAAUUUAUCCAGACCACAACUCGUGGGCAUGUGCAAGUACAUGAACCUCAAUACCUUUGGAACUGACGCCAUGCUACGGUAUCAAAUCCGCCACCGUAUGCGUCAGAUCAAACGCGACGACAAAGCUAUCUCCUUUGAAGGAGUCGACUCCCUCAGUGUGCCUGAACUACAAAUGGCAUGCGCCUCCCGUGGUCUUCGAACCCAUGGUAUGUCGCCCGGCAAGUUGAGGGAGGAUCUGCAAAUGUGGCUCGACCUCCGCCUCAAAUAUAACAUUCCAUCAACACUUCUGGUUCUCAGCAAUGCGUACAUGUACACAUCUGGUAAAGACAGUGAGAUCGACUCGCAAAUUGACGCACUGCAAGCUGUGCUUAGUUCCAUUCCGGAGGAACUAUUCCACGAAAUCGAACUUGAGGUUCACAAUGCAGAGGGAGCGGCUACAAAUAAACAACGCCUGGAGGUGCUCAAAGAGCAGCAGGAACUGAUUGAAGAAGAGAACGAGCAGGCCGAAUCAAGUAAGCAGACGUCAGAGACCAAGGGUGAGAAGAAGAGUGCGAGCUCGACCGUGAAGGAUGACAAAGACAUUGAUGAGAAGCCCAAGGCCAAGCCAACUGAUGCUAAACAGGAGGCGAAGAAGGCCGAUGCGAAAGACGAGGCCAAAGAGGCCGAGGAGGACGUCGCGGAGCAGGGGAAGCAGGAAGAGAUCCAAAAGGCGCCCAACGACAAGAAGAACUGA